GCAUUUUGAGUGGGUGGUCAUGCCUUUUGGCCUCACCAACGCCCCGGCGACCUUUCAAGCGGCAAUGACCAAUGAGUUCCGUGCAAUGUUGGACCGGUUCGUGCUGGUCUACUUAGACGAUAUUCUUGUCUAUAGCCGGUCAUUGGAGGAUCAUCUUGGGCAUCUUCGACGAGUGUUGGAGACGCUCCUCCACGCCAAGUACACCGCCAACCGCGACAAGUGCGAAUUUGUCCAGCAAGAGCUGGAAUACUUGGGCCAUUUUGUCACACCGGAGGGCAUCAGUCCGCUAUCGGACAAGAUUCAAGCCAUCCAAGAAUGGUCGGAGCCUCAGAACGUCACGGAUGUCCGCUCGUUCCUUGGUCUCGCCGGCUACUAUCAGCGUUUCAUCAAAGACUACUCGAAGAUCGCGGCCCACUUGACCAAGCUUCAAUGCGAGGAUCGGUCAUUUGACUUCGGAGAGGAGGCGCGAGAAUCAUUUUUGGCUCUCAAAGCCGCGCUAUUAUCCGCGGAGAUCUUGCGGAUAUACGACCCGCUUUUGCCUACGCGCGUCACUACGGAUGCGUCAGGCUAUGGCAUUGGUGCAGUCCUUGAGCAAUAUGAUGGUGUGGACUGGCACCCGGUCGAGUAUUUCAGCAAGAAAGUGCCCGUCGUGCAUUCCAUUGACGAUGCACGCAAGAAGGAGCUCCUCGCCUUCGUCCACCCGCUCAAGAGGUGGCGGCACUUCCUCCUUGGUCGAAGCCAAUUCCGAUGGGUAACAGACAACAAUCCGUUGGUCUUUUACAAGACCCAAGACACCCACAAGACCGGAGUGGAUGGGAUUCUCACGGUGGUCGACCGACUCACCAAGUUCGCCAUGCUCUUGCCUUGUCGCUAUCAUGCCAAGGCACCGAAGUUGGCCGAGGUUCUUUACGCCGGUUGGAUUCGAACCAAGGGUUACCCCAAGGAGAUCGUCUGCGACAGCGACACUCGGUUCAUGCCCGAUUUUUGGUUGGCGCUCAUCAAGCGAUGGGGCUCAUCUCUCAAGCCCAGUUCAGCUCGCCACCCUCAGACCGAUGGCCAAACGGAGAGGGCGCACCAGACCGCACAAGUUCUCCUUCACACUCUCAUUCGUCCUGACCAGAAAGACUGGGUUGAGCGGCUGCCGGAUGUCGAGUUGGCCUACAACUCUUCCAUCCACCCGGCUAUCGGGAUAGCGCCUUUUGAGUUUGAGCACGGCUCGCCGGUCACUUCACCGUUGGACACUAUUACUCCACGAACGGCCGAGAGCGAUGACCAUCUUGCGUCGGAUGCAAGAGCUUCUUGUCAAGGCACGCGACCAGAUGGCUAAGACGCAGCAGCGCAUGAGCCAGCAGGCCAAUCGCCAGCGUCUUCCUUGCCCAUUCCGCGC